AUGGUUCGCGAACCGGAGCCUCCUGAGGCACCCCCUCUCUUCACCACUUCACCCAAGUCUAUUCUCGAAGACGCUGAGCGUGUGGUAGACACAUCCCGAAAUGCUCUGAAUCACAUAGCAGAGUCGGUCGAUGUCGCUUCCGCUACCUUUAACAACGUCCUCCUGCCCCUCGCACACGCCGAGAACGCUUUAAUGUCUCAGGCUUAUAUCCUAGGCUUCUAUCAAUAUGUCUCGACCGACGAAGGGCUCCGGGAGGCUUCAAGCAAAGCUGAAAAAAUAUUCGAUGACUAUGAUCGAGAGUGGAAGAUGCGAGAAGACAUCUAUGUUCUUGUCGACGCUGUGAAGACAAAUACUAUUGAGACUAGUGCCCUUGAUCCCGAAUCCGAGCACUUCUUGAACCGAGUCCAUCACAAUUUCAUCAAGAAUGGCAUGAAACUCCCAAGGACUGAGAGGGAGCAUCUCCGCCAGAUCCAAACGCGCAUCACAGAGCUUGCUGCUGAAUUCGGGGACAAUUCUUCGCGAGGCAACGAGGGAGGACUAUGGUUUACACCGGAGGAACUGCAGGGCAUUCCCGAAGACCGUUUAGCCGAGCUUCAGAAGGGUUUUGGCGAAAAUGAGGGCAAGCUCUUCACCUCAUUCCUCAAGGACGUCAGCCUCGUUCUAAGAUUCGCUGGGAGCAGCGAAACCAGGAAGAAAAUGCGCGUCGCGUAUGACCAUCGAUGCAGAGAGAAUGUGCCACUAUUUCGGGAAGUCGUAGUCCUUCGGGAUGAGGCAGCCCGGUUGCUUGGAUAUCCGAAUCACGCUGCGCUCGAGCUGGAAGAAAAAGUCGCAAAGACUCCAGAGACUGUGAAUGCAUUACUCAGUGACCUGCUUGCCAAACUGAGGCCGCUCGGAUUAAAAGAGUUGGAGAAGUAUAAAGCGGUUAAACAGAAAGAUCUUGAAUCCAGAGGGGAGAUUUGGGACGGCAGAUACUACCUUUGGGACCAGCCAUAUUACAACAAGAAGCUACUCGCGGCCGAGUAUUCACUUGACCACGAAGCCGUUGCCGAAUGUUUUCCCCUGAAAAGCACAGUCAAGAGUAUGCUCGAGAUAUUCGAGCAGCUAUUCGGUCUCGUUUUUCGAGAAAUAUCGAGCGAUGCUAUCCCUCUGGAUGUAAAGAAGGCGCGUGUGUGGCACGAAGACGUACAACUAUUCAGGGCCUGGGACGACGAGACUGGUGGUGCCGGAUUUCUUGGUUACCUAUACUUGGAUCUUUACACUAGGAGUUUCAAGCCUGGGCCAUCGACUUUUCCUCUUGUUCCAGGUUAUCUUCGACCGGGAGGCACGCGGAAUUACCCAUCGGUGGCCUUGUUGUGCAAUUUCCCCAAGCCAACUCCAAAAAUUCCCAGCCUGCUACCUCACGGAGAUGUUGUGACGCUCUUCCACGAGCUUGGCCAUGGAAUCCAUGACUUGGUGUCGAAAACCGUCUUCGCUCGUUUCCACGGGCCCCAGGGGACAGCCGUAGACUUUGGCGAGGCACCAAGCCAGAUGCUCGAGAACUGGUGCUGGGUCCCGUCUCAGCUAAAACUGUUGAGCCGACAUUACUCGUCCCUCUCCCCGGAAUAUCUGACCGCGUGGCAGGGAAAGGUAGCAUCGAAGGGAUCAACCACGCCACCCGAGAUACACAUUCCCGACACCAUGAUAGACAACCUAACAAAAGCAGAGAAUGUGCAUAGGGCACUAAGUCAGUUGAAUGAGCUCGCCAUCUGUUUCUUCGAUAUGGCGAUUCAUCAGCCCGAAACGCAUGAAGUCAUCGAGAAGAUGGAUAUCUCUGCAACAUUUAAUCGUUUGCACCGUGAGUGUUUUCCGCUGGAUGGGCUUGGGACUCUGGGCGAGGAAGAGAAAUGCGGCCACCCAUACACGAGGUAUCGAAACUUCAUCAAGGGAGACUACCAUGCAGGAUAUUAUGGAUAUUUCCUGUAA